AUGUUCAAAGUCCGUGCCGAUUUCGACCAAGUCCAGGCUUCGCGGCCGGAAUUCCGCCGCGACGCCGAAGUCACCUUCACUCAGCCUCCGAACCUCGAGUGGAAGAAUGGUGAUGGUGCCAACGAUGGCGGCGAGAGCCUGAAGAAAGAUCAUGUCGAGAUUGAUCCCUACGCCGAGGGACGCCCGUCCGCAUACAACUAUAAGCUCUUGAUCUCCGGUAUGGUCCCUCGGCCUAUUGCCCUCAUCAGCACCAAGUCGCAAGACGAGAAGACCACGAAUCUCGCUCCUUUCAGUUACGCCCAACUCGUGAACCACGAUCCUCCGACUUUCGUUGUCGGCUUUGUCGGCUCGCUGGAAAAGGCCAAGGACACAUUGAAGAACCUGAACGAGACGAAAGAAUGCGUGAUCAACAUUAUUUCAGAGCACUUUGUCGAAGCAGCCAAUGCGACAUCCAUCAACGCGCCCUUUGGACACUCCGAGUGGGAGACAUCCGGCCUGACCCAGGCCCCCACGACCGUGGUCAAGCCUGCGCGUGUCAAGGAAUCGAUCUUGGCGAUCGAGGGCAAGCUAAUGGAAACCAAAGAGUUCGAGAGCCGGUCUAGUCCUGGCAAGAAGAGCAGCGUUUUGGCUAUCAUCGAGGGCGUCCGCUUCUGGGUGCGGGAGGAUGCCAUCGACAAAGAGCAAAGUCUCAUCGAUCUGAAGGUCCUGAAGCCCAUUAGCCGCUUGGGUGGCAUUUCGUAUGGUCGUACUACCGAGGCUAUGGAGCUUCGUCGUCCGGAAUUUUGA